AUGUAUAGUAGAUCUAGGUUGAUCCACAGGGAAGACUUAGUAUUAUGUGAUAUACGAAUAUUUUCUAUUAAGUGUUUUACUAAGGCUAAAGACAAAAAAUGAUUGAAAAAGUAAAUGAAGCUUAAAAACUUUCCUAGAUCUUUUAAAAAUUCAAAAUACUAACAAAAAAUGUUAUAAAUUUUAAAAAAUGAUACAUGGAAAUAUUUUCGAGUUAGUUUGUUGGCAGAGUAUUAAACUUGUGUUUAGGAGAGUACCUUAAAUUGUGUUGAUAACUACAAAAAAUCUCACAAAAUUUACUAUUUGUAGCAUUUGUAAAGAAUUAAACACAUGCAGAAACUAAAACACCUAAUUUGAAGCUUGGGAGUGUGGACACUAUUGCUACUAUGCUCGAUCCCUCUUCUGCUUGUUGUCGCUAUCAUUGGUGCUGUUGCCGUUGUGAGUGUUGCUGCUGUUGUGUUCAUCUCCUCCUCUACCUGUCACGUAGAUUGAGAGAUCACAGUUAUUGCCGCUACUACUAUUGUUGUUGUCAAGAGUGUAUUUGUUGUCCUUGUUGUUACUACUACCGUGGUCGUCUCCUCCUUUAUCUAUCACAUGGAACGAGAGUUUACAACCACUAUUGUUGUCGCCACCAUUGGUGCUGUUGCCGUUGUGAGUGUUGCUGCUGUUGUGUUCAUCUCCUCCUCUACCUGUCACGUAGAUUGAGAGAUCACAGUUAUUGCCGCUACUACUAUUGUUGUUGUCAAGAGUGUAUUUGUUGUCCUUGUUGUUGCUACUGCCGUGGUCGUCUCCUCCUUUAUCUAUCACAUGGAACGAGAGUUUACAACCACUAUUGUUGUCGCCACCAUUGGUGCUGUUGCCGUUGUGAGUGUUGCUGCUGUUGUGUUCAUCUCCUCCUCUACCUGUCACGUAGAUUGAGAGAUCACAGUUAUUGCCGCUACUACUAUUGUUGUUGUCAAGAGUGUAUUUGUUGUCCUUGUUGUUCCUACUGCCGUGGUCGUCUCCUCCUUUAUCUAUCACAUGGAACGAGAGUUUACAACCACUAUUGUUGUCGCCACCAUUGGUGCUGUUGCCGUUGUGAGUGUUGCUGCUGUUGUGUUCAUCUCCUCCUCUACCUGUCACGUAGAUUGAGAGAUCACAGUUAUUGCCGCUACUACUAUUGUUGUUGUCAAGAGUGUAUUUGUUGUCCUUGUUGUUGCUACUGCCGUGGUCGUCUCCUCCUUUAUCUAUCACAUGGAACGAGAGUUUACAACCACUAUUGUUGUCGCCACCAUUGGUGCUGUUGCCGUUGUGAGUGUUGCUGCUGUUGUGUUCAUCUCCUCCUCUACCUGUCACGUAGAUUGAGAGAUCACAGUUAUUGCCGCUACUACUAUUGUUGUUGUCAAGAGUGUAUUUGUUGUCCUUGUUGUUGCUACUGCCGUGGUCGUCUCCUCCUUUAUCUAUCACAUGGAACGAGAGUUUACAACCACUAUUGUUGUCGCCACCAUUGGUGCUGUUGCCGUUGUGAGUGUUGCUGCUGUUGUGUUCAUCUCCUCCUCUACCUGUCACGUAGAUUGAGAGAUCACAGUUAUUGCCGCUACUACUAUUGUUGUUGUCAAGAGUGUAUUUGUUGUCCUUGUUGUUACUACUGCCGUGGUCGUCUCCUCCUUUAUCUAUCACAUGGAACGAGAGUUUACAACCACUAUUGUUGUCGCCACCAUUGGUGCUGUUGCCGUUGUGAGUGUUGCUGCUGUUGUGUUCAUCUCCUCCUCUACCUGUCACGUAGAUUGAGAGAUCACAGUUAUUGCCGCUACUACUAUUGUUGUUGUCAAGAAUGUAUUUGUUGUCCUUGUUGUUGCUACUGCCGUGGUCGUCUCCUCUUUUAUUUAUCACAUGGAACGAGAGUUUACAACCACUAUUGUUGUCGCCACUAUUGGUGCUGUUGUCGUUGUGAGUGUUGCUGCUGUUGUGUUCAUCUCCUCCUCUACCUGUCACGUAGAUUGAGAGAUCACAGUUAUUGCCGCUACUACUAUUGUUGUUGUCAAGAAUGUAUUUGUUGUCUUUGUUGUUGCUACUGCCGUGGUCGUCUCCUCCUUUAUCUAUCACAUGGAACGAGAGUUUACAACCACUAUUGUUGUCGCCACCAUUGGUGCUGUUGCCGUUGUGAGUGUUGCUGCCGUUGUGUUCAUCUCCUCCUCUACCUGUCACGUAGAUUGAGAGAUCACAGUUAUUGCCGCUACUACUAUUGUUGUUGUCAAGAGUGUAUUUGUUGUCCUUGUUGUUGCUACUGCCGUGGUCGUCUCCUCCUUUAUCUAUCACAUGGAACGAGAGUUUACAACCACUAUUGUUGUCGCCACCAUUGGUGCUGUUGCCGUUGUGAGUGUUGCUGCCGUUGUGUUCAUCUCCUCCUCUACCUGUCACGUAGAUUGAGAGAUCACAGUUAUUGCCGCUACUACUAUUGUUGUUGUCAAGAGUGUAUUUGUUGUCCUUGUUGUUCCUACUGCCGUGGUCGUCUCCUCCUUUAUCUAUCACAUGGAACGAGAGUUUACAACCACUAUUGUUGUCGCCACCAUUGGUGUUGUUGCCGUUGUGAGUGUUGCUGCUGUUGUGUUCAUCUCCUCCUCUACCUGUCACGUAGAUUGAGAGAUCACAGUUAUUGCCGCUACUACUAUUGUUGUUGUCAAGAGUGUAUUUGUUGUCCUUGUUGUUGCUACUGCCGUGGUCGUCUCCUCCUUUAUCUAUCACAUGGAACGAGAGUUUACAACCACUAUUGUUGUCGCCACCAUUGGUGCUGUUGCCGUUGUGAGUGUUGCUGCUGUUGUGUUCAUCUCCUCCUCUACCUGUCACGUAGAUUGAGAGAUCACAAUUAUUGCCGCUAUCAUCACUAGUAUUACUGUCGCUGUCAUGAGUGCCACCACCACUAUGCUCAGCCCAUUCUCUCUUAUCAUACAGAAUGAGACUCACAACUGCCGUCAAUGUUGUCACUGCUAUCAUCGUUGUGGUUGUCAUUAUCGUGAUUUCUCGUUCUUUCACUCGUCAUUCUGCUUCGUCUUCUCUUUGUGAGACCUAAUUUCUACCAAUUGCCCCUCUUUUCUCUCUCUUCUCUCUCCCUUUAAAUACCACCCAUUGGAAUGGGAUAGUAUGCUGCGUGAUAAUGGGCCAAUAGUAAUAGAUCUGAUGGUCAACUCAUUAAAUACUUAAAAAUUAAUAGAGAAUCUAUUUAAAAUUUAAACUAUCCUUCUUCUUAUUUCCCUGCAUGUAAAUAUAUUUUUUUCAUCUAUUACCUAGCAUUGCAUAAAAAAACCCUUUUGAUUCAAUAGAAUAUACAUGUUAUAAAAUAUAUAAAAUUUAAUACUUUUUGUAUGUAAUUUAGUAAAUAAUAUAAAUUGGCAUAAAAAUAUGUUUACAUCAAAUGUGUACUUUAUUAAGACAUUUAAGCUAUAAUCAUACCAAAUAUGCAUAUCCUAUUAUAUAAUAUUGGUGGCUUUAUCAAUUAGUAUAGGACCCACCACCACUAUGACCUCCACCGCUGCUGCUGCCACCACCACCACCGCCACAACCAUCAAACGCAACCUUAGAGUGAGUCAUUGUUACCCCCUUUGUCCAUUGGGAUGCAGCCUUCCUCCCUACAUGCUGGUGGAUCCAUGCCCACUUUGUAAGUUUUAGGCAGCAAGGCACCACGUAUGUUGAUCAACCACUCAUAUGUCAUUUGAGGAUCAACCACAAAAAUGCCUCCUUUUUUUUGAGGGCUUGCUCACUGGUGGUGAUGGCAUGUAGGCAUGUGUGAUGCUCACCCCUUCUACAGACGAGUAACAUCUUAGUUGUCAGUCACAAGUUGUAGAAAAAGAUGAAAGAGUUCUUUGCAAUCAAUCAUCUCAUCUUGAGAAAACUUCAGAGAUGCUUGGGUUGAGAGCUAGAAUAAUUAUUUGAGGUAGAGAUGACCUGAAGACCUAAAAACCUUGUAACUAGACCAAGAUAUUUCCUCUCAAAUUUCUAUUAAAGGUUGUCUUUAAAACUCAAUGAGCUAUCUAUUGUUAGAAUUGUAUAAUUAACACAGAAGAAUGAGAUAAUAACACUUUGAUUUACCUUUGUCAUUAAAGAGAGGAGAAUUGAUCUUUGAUGAGAACAUAAAGGUUAA